AUGCCGCGCUCCAAGCGAGCACGUCUGCAGCCGCAACCAAAUAUUUCGGCGACUGCGGCCGCGCAAGUGCUCGCGCGGUUGCCGCAGGACGCCCGCAUUGUCUCAGCUCGCACAUGGCGGAAGGAUGUGCGCAUUGCAGCUGCUGACGCGGAGUCGUGCUUCAACAUGAUCACUGUGCAAGGCUUGAAAGUCGGUUGCGCCGACCUUGCCGCAGUUCUACGCUUUCUUUUUGACAGCUCUCCCAGCAUGCAGCGUCGGGUAAGUGCUUGGCCUGAAACUCUAGACUGGAUCUUGUGCCACGACGAGUGCACAGGAGGAAACGUUUUGGCGACGGGCUCGCGGAAGAAGAUGUGCUUUGUGUACGCUGCACUUCUGGAUGGCACGCAAGUUCACGAAGUGAACUGGCUCACUGUGGCGGCGGUGCCGCACGCAGAGCUUCAAAAAACUGAGGCUGGCAUUUCGGCAGUCAUGGUUGAGAUCUUGCGAAACCUUGCCGCGCAGUGCCUGGACUUUGGCUUCUUGCUCGGCGAGAAGUGGCAGCGCCUUCGUCUUCGUGGCCUGCUCGGGGAUUAUGAGGGCCUGGCGUCGACGUAUAUGGCCAAAGGCGCAAGUGCACUGAAGCCAUGCUUGCAAUGCCAGAACGUCCUGAUGAAAACAAGCACGGCUGCAAGGGCAGACAAGUACUUCCAGACCAUUGAAUGCGCCGAGUUUGCUCUAUGCGAAGAGCUGCGCGACGGGGAACUCUUCGCUUUGUAUGACCAGUUUCUGUCCGAGGUUUGCAGGAGCGAAGCCGCUCGCAAAGAGAGGGACAAGCUCUUCGGCUUUGCGGUUGCGCCGCAGGCCUUGCUGGCACAGCCUGAUGCGCGUGCACUCCUUCCACCCUCCUGCGUGCUCUUUGACCCGUGCCACAACUACUUCGCCAACGGCGUGGUCUCUUCGGAGCUGUUGUUGUUCCGUGCGGAAAUGGAGCAGAAAUCCCAGUUUUCACUGGAGAUGCUGCGGGAGGCAGUGGUGGCUUCUGGAUGGAAGCGGUGCUACAAAGACCGAAGCGGGAAGGCUUGGGCGGGACGCCUCUUUGAAGCCGGUGGCGCCCUGCACGCCGCCUUGGCGCAGCUUGAGGCCGCGCAGGCUGCCCACCAGGCUGCCUUCGCUGCGGCGUACCCAGGCGCGUAUAGACCCAAGCACCACUUUCGUUUGCAUCAUCCAAGCCAACUUGGACAGCUGGGAGUAUAUGUGGACAUGUUUCCGGCCGAGUCGCGGCACAGGCGAUACAAGAGACGCAUCGCGAAUGACCAUGCUUCUCUAUUCAAGCAUGGCACAGGCGCUUUGUCAAUGAGUCUGCUUCGGACAAUGCUCUCCCAACAAAGAUUUGAUUUGAUGGAUGCUGCGGAUGCAACGCGGUUGUUGCCGCCUCUCAUCGCAGCCGAUACGGUUCGGGCAGAGUUGGGCUUGGAAGGCACCGCCAGCACGAAGUGCCAGUUGAACGGCCGACUCUUUCGAAGGGAUGAUGUGGCGAUCUGCGGCAGCAACUUUUACUUGGUUCGAUUGUGCUUGCAGCGUGCGCAUGGCGUCCAACUGCUGGUUCAGCAACUGCCCAUUGUUUCCCAGACGUGUUGCGCCGUCACCUGCCAGCGUGGUGGAGAGCAGCGUGUGGUCGAGGGGCCUGAGCUCGCUGCCUUGCAUGCCGUUUCCUGGUUCUGGCCCGAAGAGGCACACAUCACCAUCCUGCGGUGA